AUGCAACAAGAGCAGAAAUACAUCUGGUCAGCCGAUCUUUACGGCGAAAAGGUGGCCCCAUUCGUUGCAACUUCGACUGACAAGGUUCUCGCCUGCGUGGACCCUAAGCCAACUGAGGAAAUCCUUGAUAUCGGCUCCGGGGAAGGCCCCUUGGCAGCCCGCAUGGUUCCCCAUGUCAAACGGAUCGUGGGAAUCGACGGUUCACCCGACAUGAUUGAACACUUUAACAAGCCUACCCACACUUUGAGUCGCGGGUUGUCGAUUGCCGACUGA